AUGGGACGGACGGUGCCGUUCCUGUGGAUGGCGGCAGGGCUACUGUUGAUGCUUCCUCCGGGAAAGGGGGACUUUGAGCCCCAAUGCAAUUUGUAUGCUUUACCUGGAUGCCCAAGGAACUUUAAUCCAGUCUGCGGGACUGAUGGAACAACAUACUCCAACGAGUGCAUGCUUUGCUCUACAAACAGGGAGGAGAAGAAGGAUGUUCAUAUUUCCAGCAAAGGCCCGUGCUCAUGAGCCAAGCUUCAAGGGAAGACAGUACAUCUGUGACCUACUAAGAAG